AUGGGGGAACCUCCAAUGAUAUAUCAAAGUGUUCCAGGACCUGGAAAACUCUCGUUAGAAGGCAAUGCUGCUCUCAAUUUCCGUCGUUUUGUGCGCGGCUGGAAUGUCUAUGAGGUCGGAGCCCGCGUUAAGGAACAGGACGCGACCAUCCGAGCCUCUAUACUCCAAUCAUAUCUCACUGCUGAGGUAUUAGAACUCUUAGAAACUCUCCCGUUCGAGGACCCAGAUCACAGGAAAGAUGCUGACCGUAUCCUCAAAGUGCUCGAGAAACACUUUAUAGGUGUCACAAAUGAAACCUAUGAAAGGUAUAAGUUUAACACUCGUUCUCAGAAAAAAGGUGAGACUUUUGAUGCAUUCUUAGGAGCAAUACGGGUACUGUCCAAGUCAUGUAAUUUUGGAAUGCUAGAAGACUCUCUUCUCCGUGACAAAAUAGUUUGUCGUGUUAACAAGGAACACACUCGGAGUAAACUCCUCUCAGAAACUCAACUGAACUUAGCAAAAGCUAUUAGCAUAUGCAAAGCAGAUGAAUCUGCAACUCAACAAGCAUCCGAAAUAAGCAAGUCUGCGGACACGAAGGAGGACUCUAUUCAUAGCAUAAAUACUUCUCGUAAUGCUAAACAUUCUCAACGACCACAGAGAGGACUUACCUCAUCACAACACAUGCGCAAAGAGCAGACUCAGAGACAGAUCAAUAAGUGUAAAUACUGUGGAGGCACUCAUGCAUGGAAAAAGGAAGCAUGCCCUGCCUAUGGAAAGACCUGUAAAAAAUGCAAAGGUAAAAACCACUUCGCCAAAAACUGUAAACAAAGUAACAAAGCUCAUAUUCAUGGAGUAGAUGAUGAGUACAAGGAACCAGAGUUCCUAAUCAGUCAUGUCUGUACAACUAACUCGAUUGAAAUGAAACGUCUGUGUGCAGAACUUAUUGUGAAUGAACAGUCAAUAGCAUUUCAGAUAGACACAGGAGCAACAAAUAACCUCAUCGGUAAAAAAUGGAUUAGCAAUACUCCAAUUACUCCAACAAGUAGCACUCUAGUCAUGUGGAACGGAUUUCGUAUGGACCCUUGUGGCGAAUGUAUUUUGAAACUCGUUAAUCACAAGAACAAGACCAAAUACAGAGUCAAUUUCAUAGUCGUUGACAAGGACGAUGAACUUGGACAACUCCCAGGAGUUGCACACUUUGAAGUGGACCCCUCAGUCCCACCUGUCAUUUCUCCAGUCCGAAAAAUAGCCAUACACAUGAAACCUAAACUGAAAGAAGCAUUGGACACACUAACGAAAAAGGAAGUCACAAGCCCUGUUGAUCGACCAACAGACUGGCUAAGUCACCUUGUAUGUACCACCAAGAAAAAUGGUGAACUUCGCUUGUGUUUGGAUCCUGAACAUCUCAACAAAGCUCUCAAACGUGAACAUUAUCAUCUCUCAGUAUUACGUGAAAUGUUACCAGACAUUGCUCAUGCCAAAGUGUUCUCAACAUUUGAUCUUAGACAUGGUUAUUGGCAUGUGAAACUAGAUGAAGAAAGUAGUUACAUGACUACAUUCGACACACCAUUUGGAAGGUACCGAUGGCUCCGACUCCCCUUUGGUACCAGUGUUUCCUCCGAGAUGUUUCAGCGCCGUCUGUAUCAGGCCAUUGGUGAUUUAGAUGGCCUUCUCAACAUCGCAGAUGAUGUUCUACUCUAUGGCGUUGGAGAGACGAAGGAAGAAGCCGUGAAGGACCAUGACGAAAAGUUAGCAGCAUUUCUCAAACGAUGCCAAGCUGUGGGUAUCAGACUCAACCCGAAGAAGAUGAGAUUGAAACUCUCCCAAGUCAGGUUCAUGAGACAUCUCGUCACGGAUAAAGGAGUAUUACCAGACCCAGACAAGGUGGCUGCCAUCCGUAACAUGCCAGCACCUACAGACCUUCACGGCGUGCACCGCUUAUGUGGAACAGUGAACUUUCUUUCUGACUUCAUUCCAUCAUUAGCAUCCAUCAUGGAGCCAAUAAACAUGCCUAAGCGCAAACAUGUCGAAUUCAUAUGGGGCGAACCACAGCAAAAGGCUUUCGACAAAAUUAAGACCAUACUAUCCUCGGAACGUCAUCUUCAGUACUACGAUGAGAAGAAGCCACUCAGAGUACAGUGUGACGCUUCCCAGCGUGGCCUAGGAGCCGCACUCCUCCAGGAUGAAAAACCAAUUGCAUAUGCUAGUCGUGUUCUCACAAAAACUGAGGCGAACUACGCUCAAAUCGAAAAAGAACUUCUGGCCAUUGUAUUUGCCAUGGAAAAUUUUCACCACUACACUUUUGCCCGUCAUGUACUUGUACAGUCAGACCACAAACCACUUGAAACCAUUAUCCCAGGACCACUCUGGAAGUCUCCAAAGCGUCUUCAGGUAAUGAAACUUCGUCUGCAGAAGUAUGACAUAACUGUGAAAUAUCACAAGGGCAAGGAAAUGCACAUUGCUGAUACGCUUUCCCGUGCAUACUUAUCUGACACUGCAAACAGCCAACAGAAUGACAUAAUUGAUGUCAAUGUUGUACAACACAUUUCCGUUUCCCCAGACCGCAUCAAAGAGAUACAGCACUACACUGCAAUGGACGAGACCUUACAAGUUCUCCGCAAGACCAUUGUAGAAGGAUGGCCCGAGUCUGUGAAAAAAAUACCCUCAGUGCUAGAUCGCUACACAUCGUACAGAAAUGAACUCUCCUUUACUGACGGGGUAGUUCUUCGUGGAGACAGAAUUGUAAUUCCUCAGGUUCUUCGCAAGAAUAUGCUUAAAAAUAUCCAUAGCUCUCACCUUGGUAUCACUGGAACCCGUCGGCGAGCGGCUGAAUGUCUGUACUGGCCAAACAUGAACAAUGACAUCAAAGAUUUCAUUUCGCAGUGCGAGACAUGCCGUAGCAUGGAGGUGGCAAAUGCCAAAAUGCCACUCGUUCCCCAUGAUAUUCCAGACCGACCAUGGUCUAAGGUUGGUGUAGACUUAUUUACUCUGAACAACAUCAACUACCUCAUUAUCGUUGACUAUUUCUCUGGAUAUUUUGAAGUUGACGACCUGCGUGAUACAUUGGCUAUAACCGUCAUACGGAAAAUGAAGUAUCAUUUCGCUCGAUAUGGACUCCCUGAUAUUGUCGUGUCCGACAACGGUCCUCAGUUCUCGUGCCUAGAAUUCCUUAACUUUGCUGAAGAGUUUGACUUCAGACAUCAACCCAGCAGCCCCGGAAACCCCCAGGCUAACGGAAAAGCCGUGAAAACUGCAAAGACUCUCCUUAAAAAAGCCGCUGUCUCUGGAAAGGAUAUUCAUUUGGCACUCCUCGACUUCAGAAAUACUCCGACUCAAGGACACAUACUAGUCCCGUCCAGCGCUCUCUUGGACGUCGUACACGUGCAUUCCUACCUAUCACAGCCAAUCUCCUUAGACCAAGUGGUAUAA